AUGAACAACAUGACAUCAGAAAACCAAACUGGUGGAGCAGGAUUCUUCCUCCUUGGUCUCUCAGAGGAUUCAGAACUGCAGCCCUUUCUCUUUGGACUAUUCCUGACCAUAUACCUGGUCACUGUGCUUGGGAACUUGCUCAUUAUCCUCGCCAUCAGCUCAGACUCCCACCUUCAUUCCCCCAUGUACUUCUUCCUGUCCAACCUGUCCUUCACUGACAUCUGUUUCACCACCACUACCAUCCCUAGGAUGCUAGUGAACAUCCAGACACAGAGCAAAUCCAUCAGCUACACAGGCUGCCUCACUCAGGCUUGCUUCAUCCUGAUUUUUGCAGGGCUGGAAAAUUUUCUCCUUGCAGCAAUGGCCUAUGACCGCUAUGUGGCCAUUUGCCAUCCACUGAGAUACACCGUUAUCAUGAACCCCCACCUCUGUGGCUUGCUGAUUCUACUCUCCUUGCUCAUUAGUAUGGUUGAUGCCUUGCUCCACAGUCUUAUGUUGCUGCGGCUGUCCUUCUGUGCAGACCUGGAUAUCCCCCAUUUCUUCUGUGAACUUGCUCAAGUCAUCAAACUGGCCUGUUCCAAUACCCUCAUCAAUAAAAUCCUGGUAUAUUUAGUAACCACCAUAUUGGGUGGUGUUCCUCUCUUUGGGAUUAUUUUCUCUUAUGUUAAAAUUGUCUCUUCAAUUCUGAGAAUGCCAUCAGCUGGUGGAAUAUAUAAAGCUUUCUCCACUUGUGGGUCUCACCUCUCAGUUGUUUUCUUAUUCUAUGGGACAGCUUUUGGGGUUUACAUUAGUUCUGCAGUUACUCAUUCUUCCAAGAUGAUAGCAGUAGCCUCAGUGUUGUACACUGUGGUCCCCCCAAUGAUGAACCCAUUUAUCUACAGCCUGAGAAACAGAGACAUGAAGGUGGCCUUGAAGAAACUCCUGUGGAGAACACCUUGUCUUUCAUGA